AAAAUUAAACACUACAUUUCCCAGAAACCCACAAGCAACUUCCGGCCCGAGCCCGAGUCACCGACCGAUGUUUUAAGUUAAGACAACGCUUUUUUCCUUAAGUUGACUUACAUCCAACCAAGUCACCUACCAGGAUGCUUCGCCGAAAGCCAACACGUCUGGAACUGAAGCUGGAUGACAUGGAAGAGUUCGAGUGUGUGAAGAAAGAGCUUGAGAGUCGAAAGAAACAGCGAGAUGAGGUGGAUGUGGUUGGCGUUCCAACGUCCAGCGAGAUGAGCGGUGCUUCAGGGGGUGGAGAGGGGAAAACCAGAGAACAGAUGAUCCACGAGCGAAUUGGAUACAAACCUCACCCAAAGCCAAACACCCUACCAUCGUUAUUUGGAAACCUUCAGUUUUGAACUACUAACUAAAUUAAGUAUGCAGUCGUGCCAUUUUUCAUCACACAGACUUUAAACUAGCCUGCUUUACUAUGAGAACCAUACAACUCCAUUUUGUACAGAUUCACUUGCAAAGUGCAAAUGCACAUUUUUUUCUUGCUUCUCUUAUUUGUUACUGAUAAAGAGCAUUUCCUUCCAAAUAUGAGUAAACACGGAGCAGUACUUUUUGGUUCUGAAACCAGUUGCAAUUUCAGUCACUAAUAAUACUGAUCUGUCAGUCUUUUUCUAUACAAAACAAGGUCUUCGGAAGUCACAUCAAUUAUGCUUUUAAUUACAUUCCAUUUUCAUUUUCUUAAUCGAUUACAGCACUGUAUGUCAAACUACACAAAUAUGACAGGAUUGUAAACAGUUAACACUGAUGCUGCACUUGAUUUAAAGCCAUAUUCCUACUGAUACUUGAUCAGCAUAUUUCAGCACUUACUUGGUUACCAAAAUCUAAUUCCAGUUAUUCUCUAAUUAAUUAAACCUAGUAUUAAGGAGGAUGACUUGCAAAUCCAGCUUGUACAAAACACAAUAUCUUAAAUUAUAAAAUAACUAUUAAAACUAAAACAAAAUCAACAUAACAGAAUUAUCAGUUGAGCAUUUUCUAGUGAACACACUUCCAUGUCGAAGUACUUAAUGCCUGUAAAAAUGUUUCUGACUGUGCCUUUUUUCUGACUGAUAAGGCAGAUAUCUAGUUGAGGACUUGCAUUAGUUAGCUAAUCCAACAGGAAAAAGGCACACUUCAGCGAUUAGGAAGAAGAACCACAAAACAAAUUGUUGAAAAUAGGUGAGGCCCAUUUCUUGCAAUAAGGAAUGCACGAGUUACAUAUUAAUACCAUCGAUUUUCAGAGAAUUUUACACCUUUUGUCAUUAUAAUUUUUUGGCUAGUUACAUAAAACCUAAUGAUGUGGAAAAAAUAAAAAUUAAAUUGCAAAAAAUUGUGAGAUAUAUGUCUUAUAGUUUACAGUAGCAGAAUGUUAUAAAAAGGAAUCUUAAAGGAAACACUGGCAUCAGAGAUAUAGUCUACAUUUCACCAUUCUGUUUUUACUUAAUAUACUCCAUAGGGAGCAAAUUUUAGAUGCUGCUCUGUAAAGCCAACCAGAUGGGAUCACCUCUUUCUCUCAAGAGGCCUCAUUUCACCGACCACUCUUAAGAAGAAUUUUCUUCUUAAAAACACACUUAUGCAGUUUUCUGAAGUUUCUGACUUUCAUCCAUGUUUUCUUAUUUAGGAUUUGUUCUUAGCUAAGAACAGAAUCUACACACACUCAAAAGCACAAAGGUGUGAACAAUUCUGCGAUUUAACAUGUCAAGGAUCUGAGAGAGACUUUUUCCAAGGGGCCCGUCUCAAGAACACAUUUAAGAAAAAAACUUAAAUGAAGAUAUUGGUGAAUGAGGCCCAAUGUAUGUGUGCACACAAAGAGUUGAUGGUCAUAAGCCAAGUUUAAAAGUAUUAUUCAGCCCUGCAGUGUUCUGUCUUAGCAACACUCUUUGUCGUUGAUUAACCUCAAAAGACAUUUCAGCAAUUCCACAAAUACAAAGCA